AUGGCGACCAACAGCAGCCAAGACGACUACAACGACAUCGACAGCGAGGAAGCCUUCGCACAGAAGGAAGGCGUGCCCAGUAUUGACCAGCCCUUCAUUCAAAAGUAUCUAGAUGGACGAGACGCUCUUGUGACCCAGGAGAAGCUUCAGCGCAGUGAUCAUGCCUUCCGAGAGACACUGUCUCCCAUGGCAAGGGAAGCCGCUGCUAUUGUCUCCGCCAUCCGCUUCGAAGAACAGCAAACACUAUGGCUUCCAAGCCUUGAGGACGAUCUGGCCAAAGAAGGCAAGGGAGCCGUCUAUCCAGGAAUGAUGUUCUCCCUCGCGAAGGAGCGAAUGGAGCAGAGCAAACUCUGGAAGAUCAUCAGAAAGAUGCCAAAAGGAGCUCUUUUGCACUGCCAUCUCGAUGCCAUGGGAGACAUGGACUGGUUCAUCGAGACUGCUUUCUCCACGCCAGGAAUAUGCAUCACGUCAGAGCAGCCACUGCACACGUCAGAAGCUCUGGAAGAACAGCCGUUUGUGUUCCGCUUUGCUCAACAGAAAUCGAUGUCCACCGGUGCUGCCCUGUGGUCAGAAUCGUACAAGGCCAACGACCUCAUCCCAAUCGCGACCGCGGCGGAAAGCUUCCCCAAUGGAGGUACAGACGGCUUCAAGAAGUGGAUCAAAUCUCGCGUGACAAUCACACCAGAAGAGUCCAUCUCGCAUCACAUGGGCCCGCACGCGGUCUGGAAGAAGUUCAUCUCAACGUUCCGUAUCCUCGCCAGCUUGCAUCGUUACGAGCCAGUCUUCAAAGCUUUCAUUCGACUCAUGCUUCGCAAACUCAACGAAGACGGCGUACGAUGGGUGGACAUUCGGACAGAUUUCUUGGGACCAUACUGGCGCGAAGGCCAAGAACAGCCGGACGACGACCAUUUCAACAUGCUGGACGCACUGGAGGUUGAGAUUGACAGCUUCAAAAAGUCCGAGGAAGGCAAGGAUUUCUGGGGAGGUAGGGUAAUCUGGACUACUAUUCGACACGGCUCUACGAGAGAAAUCAUCACAGACAUGAAGAAGUGCAUCGAGAUGAAGCUUGAAUUUCCAGAUCUCAUUGGCGGCUACGACUUGGUAGGACAGGAAGAUAUAGGAAGACCUCUUGCCGAUCUUGUUCCCGAACUAUUUUGGUUCAAAAAGGCAUGCGCACAAGAAGCAAUCGACAUUCCAUUCUUCUUGCACGCUGGCGAGACACUCGGCGACGGCGAUUCCGUGGACGAGAAUCUAUUCGACGCGGUUUUGCUCGGCACAAGACGAUUGGGCCAUGGCUUCUCACUCUACAAACACCCCUUACUCAUCGACAUGGUGAAGGAGAAGAAGAUUCUCAUCGAAAGUUGUCCCGUCAGCAACGAAGUGCUCCGCUUCGCCAGCAGUAUCAUGGCCAACCCUCUACCAGCUCUGAUUGCCCGCGGUGUACCAUGUGCGCUCUCCAAUGACGACCCUGCGAUUCUUGGAACAGGCGACAACGGCAUGACACACGACUUCUGGCAGGCGCUGCAAGGAUGGGAGAAUCUGGGGUUGGAAGGACUGGCAAGUUUGGCGGAGAAUAGUGUGAGAUGGGCGAAUUAUGAAGAUUGUACGGCCAAAGAUUGGACCCAGUCAGUCAAGGAUGGUGCGUACGGGAAAGGGGUGCGAGCGGAGAGGAUGAAGAUAUGGGCGAAGGAGUUUGAGAAGUUUUGCUCGGACGUUGUGUUGGAAUAUGGACCGGAGCAUGAUAUCAACACUUUGGACUGA